AUGGCCUGCCAUCGUGCGUCGACGGGCACGCACGUCCGCCGUCCCUGUCCCCUCGAACCUCGCCGUCCCGGUCCCCUCGAACGCCGCCGUCUCUACACCACGCACCGCCGCCUUCGUCCGCGCGAUCCAGCCACACAACGCGGAACGCGCAGCAAUGACGGGCCGGCACGCACGUCCGCCGUCCCUGUCCCCUCGAACCUCGCCAUCCCAGUCCCCUCGAACUUCGCCAUCUCAGUCCCCAUGAACGCCGCGACCUCAGUUCCCUCGAACGCCUCGUCCAACUCCCCUCGAACCCCGCCGUCCCUUUCCCCUCCAACGUCGCGAUCUCCGCACAACGUACCUUGGUCCUCGUCCGCGCGACCCAGCCACACACCCGCAACGCGGAGCAACAGCGUGCGGGGACCCUAG